AUGCGUGAAUGGGUUGCUCAGGAAGACACGUUUGUGCUUAGGCAAGCAAAGAAGAAGGCCGAAUUACGAGUUAAAGAUGGACGCGCCAAACCUAUUGACUGGCUCACCAUUACUCUUCGUGUUAUCGAUCCGACUCGGAACCCAUUAGACGACGAAAUUGCAGACUCAGAACUAGAUUUAGUGGAACCAGAGGGCGUUUUUGAAGGAUUAUCAAAUGCACAGCUGUCAAGCCUUGAAAAGGACAUCGAUACUUUCUUGUCUCUUGAAACCAGUGCUGAUAAUCGUGACUAUUGGAAGACUAUGAAAGUAAUCUGUCAAGAUCAGAUUCGCAAGGCGGAAUCUUCGGCCCCAGAAAACCGUGCGGUUAACUCAGUUGCCGCUGAUAUUGAUAGAUUGCUUAGUCCAAAAACAUAUGAUGAGCUUGUCACGCUAGAAAAGCAAAUACGCCGGAAGUUGGAUUCUAAUGAGCCGGUUGAUACUGAUUAUUGGGAGCAGCUCUUAAAGAGCCUUUCGGUAUGGAAGGCGCGUGCGAAAUUAAAGCGAGUUUAUAGUGCUGUUAUCAAAAACCGCGUUGAUGAGCUGCGGAAGCAACAGCGCGAGGAGGCUGAGAGUGUUCAGAAAAAGCUUGCCCCUUUAGCCCCAUAUAAGGAUACUCGAACCUCGCAGCAGGAGCUUGAACGGAUGACCCUUCUCGACCCUGAGCCUCUUCUACAACUUCGCAGUCAAGAUAAAAAUUUAGAGGUUAUGGAUGAAGAAGAGUUGCUGAGCCAUAUAGCCCAAGAAAGGAAGAAAAUUAUCAAAAUGGGGUUUGUCCCGCUACGCAACCGCUUGACUGAGAAACAAGCCCCUUCAUCUAUGGUCACAUCAGAAUCUCCUGCCAUUACAUCUUCUGCUCCACGCUUUCUUCCAACGACAAAUGAUGAUUUCUCCCAGGCCACAAAAGCCUUAUACGAAAGGGAAGUUGCACGAGGAGUUAGUGAAAAUGAGGAGAUAUUUGCUGGAGAAGAGACUAUCAGCACAUCUAAACCGAGUUGGGCGAAUAAGUACAGGCCACGAAAGCCACGAUACUUCAACCGUGUGCAGAUGGGAUAUGAAUGGAACAAAUAUAACCAAACCCAUUAUGACUAUGAUGAUCCUCCCCCAAAAGUUGUGCAGGGGUACAAAUUCAACAUCUUCUAUCCGGAUCUUAUUGACAAAGCAAAAGCCCCCACCUAUCGCAUCGAAAGAGAACAUGGUAGGAAACGAGGACAGUCUUUUGCACCCGCCGGAGAAGAAGACACAUGUCUACUUCGCUUCAUUGCUGGUCCACCCUAUGAAGAUUUGGCCUUCCGUAUUGUAGACAAGGAGUGGGACUACAGUGCAAAGCGAGAGCGUGGGUUUAGGAGCACGUUUGAUAAAGGCAUUUUGCAACUUCAUUUCCAAUUUAAGAAGGUAUGUAUCAUCUCAUAUUUUGCUGUUUCCACGCUUGCAACUACACAGGCUAACACUUAUCACAGAUAUACUAUCGUAAGUGAUGCUGAGGUAAACAUGAUUAUAGCCUGCUCUUACACCUGCAUCACAUGGUGCGAGCGAACGCAGUAUGCUCUACGAUAG